UUGCAUUUAUUGCUGUAAAACGAAAUGAAAUUAUAUGCAAUUAUUUCUUUUAUUUUAGUCCUAAUUGCCUUCGCUGCUGCCUAUCCUAGUCCUGGAGGAGGUGGCGGCGGCGGUGGCGGUGGAGGAGUUAGCCUUUGCGGUGGCGGAGGCGGCGGUGGAGGAGGAGGUGGUGGUGCCGGAGCUGGUGGCGGCGGUGGCGGUGGUGGAGGUGGUGGAAGUUGUUAAACAAUUAUAAUUUGAACUUAGAUGUAAAUUUUUACAUAAACUAUAAUAAAAUAUUUAUACUGCUUUUAAAUACGAAA